AUUUACUUUGUAGAGUCGGGUUGCAUUCAAAGCCUGUUCCAUUUCCCAAUGCUCGGCUGUCGUUUUCGCACCACUUGUCUGCCCGUCUGGUUAUCGAACAUAUUCGGAUCGCGAAUUGUGACAUUCAUCUUGAAUUGUUUUACUACAAUACACCACUUCUUCUCGUCUAAUUAAUGGCCAUUCAAAUAUGUUAUCGCAACACGUCAAAGCAGGCUACUGAUAUCUAUCAGGUAUCCAACCCUUCUUUUUUUUGGCGAGCCAAUGGGCUGAUCUUUAGAGAGCUACCUAUACCGCAAGCUGGCUGCGGAGCGAACUCGGCGAAAUGGAGCCUAGCAACAUUGGGUAUCCCGUCUGAAUUUGUUCCUGUUUUGAAGUCAAGCCUCUUCAGGGCUUUAGCAGCCUUCAUGUGUGAAGGACCCUUGGAGGGGCAAGUGCAUGUCAUGAUGGGUCUUGGAUUGUUCGUGGCUUGGUCAAUCCUAAAGCAGGCAGAUCUGGUGUCUGACGGUUCUCUUCGGUUUGUUAGCGGCCUGCAGGCACAUCAUCGUAUCUUGCCUCUCAGCCAGUCUGGUGCCAUCUAUAUCUGCACCAUGCUCGUCUAUCCACUGGUGCUUAUGCAUUCUAGAACGCAUACUGUACGUACGCACAUGUACGUAUGUACACUAUCACCUGCGAUAACUGCGGAUGAGUCGAUCGAAGUUUUGCGAUCCCGGCGGUCUUACAUGAAGCAUAGGAAUACUACCUGCUUUCGCGGAUGAGGCUUGAUUGGCUUAUGAAGCUCCUUUUCGGUAUGACUAUGCUUCGAGAUGCUUGUAUGUACCCAGCCAAGCGCUAUCCACGCAGACGUCCUAUCAUUAAUGCUGCAUAAAAAGCUUCACACCAUGGGAAAACCAUAGAAGUACAUAGUAUAUCACAUAAUUACGUAGCACAUGUCGUUAUUACAUAGUAUAUCUAAUAUGUUCGCCGCAGGGGUUCUGGGCACGAACCAAUAGCGCUCUCCGGAUAUAUAAAACGUCGUGUUAGCAACGGCAGUCUAAGUACCUACAUAUCUACUGUACUUACCUCAUAUUUCGUAGUUAGGUAGAUUACCUGAAAACUAAAAAGGGUCUUGUUUCGAAUUUUAAGAAGCAGGAAGCAAAUUGCUUAAUGAUUUAACAACGUCUUUUUGAUAUUCCUCUACAUAAUAGACUAAACUUACCA